UGCUGCUGAUGCUGCGAUCACGGUGUGUUUGGAGCAUCCUCCUCCUCCUCCUCCUCCUCCUCCUCCUCUUCAUCCCGGUCGAGCGCUCGUCGGUUCAGAUGCCUUCCGCAGCUCCGGUUGGACUCCUCGCGCGAGUCGUGUCGCGCUGCUCCCAUUUUGCAUUUUGUAGUUUUCCUCAUUAUUUCCAGGUCAGAGGCGCGCGCUUCCUGUGCGGCGCGUGCGUGCGGACUGAAGAUGGCCGCAGAUGGAGGCGCUCUGAAGGAUAUCAAUGAGAUUAAAUCACAGUUCCGGACCCGCGAGGGAUUCUACAAGCUGCUCACCCUCUCGGACUCUCAGCAGCGGGCCGGGCUUCCGCGGGGCCCCUCGGCGGGCGUCACGGGCGGCGGCGCCGGUGUGGGUCUGGUGCAGGGGCCCGGGGCCGCCGGUAACUCCUCCCCGGGCUUCCUGCCGCCGGUGCGGGUGUCGAUGGUGAAGCUGAAGCCCGAGGACCCCAGCGAGGAAUCGGAGCGAGUGUGCUUCAACAUCGGCAGGGAACUGUACUUCUACACCUACACGAACAUCAAGAAGGCAGUGGAUCUCAGUAAGCCCAUAGACAAGCGCAUCUAUAAGGGAACUCAGCCCACCUGUCAUGACUUUAAUCAGUAUUCGGCCACGGCUGACAGCGUGGCUCUGAUCGUGGGAUUCUCUGCAGGACAGGUGCAGUACCUCGACCCCAUCAAGAAGGAGACCAGCAAGCUCUUCAACGAGGAGAGGCUGAUAGACAAAUCAAAGGUGACAUGUCUCAAGUGGCUUCCGAAGUCAGAGAACCUCUUCCUCGCGUCUCACGCCAGCGGUCACCUCUACCUCUAUAAUGUGGAGCACCCGUGUGGCACCACCGCGCCGCAGUACUGUCUGCUCCGUCAAGGCGAGGGCUUCGCAGUUUACGCCUGCAAGACCAAGACACCCCGUAACCCCCUGCUCCGCUGGGCGGUCGGCGAGGGAGGGCUGAACGAAUUCGCCUUCUCGCCUGACGGCGUUCACGUGGCCUGUGUCGGUCAAGAUGGCUGCUUGCGCGUUUUUCACUUCGACUCGAUGGAGCUUCAAGGCGUGAUGAAGAGCUACUUCGGCGGGCUUCUCUGCGUCUCCUGGAGCCCCGAUGGGAAGUAUCUCGCAACAGGAGGAGAAGACGAUUUAGUGACGGUUUGGUCGUUCGCAGAGAGUCGCGUCGUCGCGCGGGGACACGGGCAUAAGUCAUGGGUCAACGUCGUCGCGUUCGACCCGUUCACAACGAAACUGGAGGAUGAGGAACCGAUGGAGCUCAGCGGGAGCGAGGAGGAUUUCCAGCAGGGGGCGCUGCACUUCAGCCGCGUGCGAACCAGCAGCACGCUCUCGCGACUUUCACGACACAGCUCCAAAGGCGGCGCUUCGUCUGUGACGUACCGCUUUGGAUCAGUCGGGCAAGACACGCAAUUCUGUUUGUGGGAUCUGACGGACGACAUUCUGUAUCCGCGGCUUCCGCUCUCCCGCGCAAUUACAAACACCUUCGGCCCUACGAUCCCGAGCGGAAGCAGCGGAGUCGAAGGUCACCACCAUCCCUCCAACCCUCAUCAGACGUCAACGCUGCCGCUGCCUUUGCCUCGCUCGCUGUCGCGCUCCAAUUCUCUUCCACAUCCCGCCGUCGCAAACACCUCCAAAAGCCAGGGGGCAACAGAGAGCACCGUUACUAGCAGCGUUGGAGUAGGAGGAGGAGGAGCAAUCACGCCGUUUAGCAUCGGACGCUUCGCAACGCUUUCUCUACAAGAGCGCAAAACGGACAAAUCCGGGGGGGGAGGGGAAAAGGAGCACAAGCGCUAUCACAGCCUCGGGAACAUCAGCAAAAGCAACGAUAAGAUUAACGUGGCACUGCGCAGCUCCCGGCUAGAUGGCGCUAAAGUGCUGGGAACCACACUGUGUCCGCGGAUGAACGAGGUGCCACUGCUGGAGCCACUGGUGUGCAAGAAGAUCGCCCACGAGCGGCUCACCGUGCUGGUCUUCAUGAACGACUGCAUCAUCACGGCGUGUCAGGAAGGACUCAUCUGCACUUGGGCCAGACCUGGGAAAGCACAUCCGUCUCAGCCGCUGUCAGCACAGAAUGGAAACUCUCCGAGUGGGACGGUGGUAUAGCCGAAGCCUCAUUCCCGUGUCUGAAUCCGGAGCAUCACAGCAUCACCAUUCACCAACCCACUGAAUCCUUACCAAAACACACACUUAAGUUGCACAUGAACGCAAACACACCCUGGGACCAUGAUGCACCUCUGCGACGCACCUCAGCUCUCUCCUGCAGACAGACUGUGAGACUCUUCUGUGCAGAAACUCUGCUGGCCUCUCCUCUAGCCGAGUUUACUGCAAAAGCCACGGCCAUUUAAUUUCCUAUUUAUUUAUUUGAUCAUCUAGACUUUUAUUGUACAUAUUCAGACUACUCUAUAACGGCAGAGGACGUAUAUUGAAAUAAUUAACUCAAAUAAUUAAUAUAUGAAGAUCCUAUAUUGUACAUAGUGACAGAUGCAUUGAA